AACAGAGACGGGCCCGGCCCAUUAGCUGCCUCCCGCUCCCGUCUCCUCCUCCUCCGGCCGCCGCCGCCUCGCACGACCUCGCCCGCCGCCGCCUCCGCUCUUCCGUCGUCAGGACUGUUUCCGCGGCAUCCUCACCGCUGAAGCAUCCAUCCAGGAACGGCGAUGGCUUUGAGGAGAGUACUGAAGCCUGGCGAUAUUCCAGCAGCUGCAUCCCAAUCAUUUGGAGUAAGAGGGUUUGCAAUUGCAAGCAAGGCAAAGAAGGGUGGAAAAGGUGGCGCUGAUGCUGCAAAAACUCCUGUACUCAGCAAAGAACUCAAGAGUACAACAGUGUUUGGCGCAAACAUCCUCAAGGAAGGUUCUGACCCAAAACUCCAGCCAGAUUCUGAGUAUCCUGAGUGGCUGUGGCACCUGCUCGACAAGCGACCUAUGCUGAGUGAGCUGCGGAGGAAAGACUCCAAGACGCUCCCCUAUGAAGACCUGAAGCGAUUCGUCAAGCUGGUGAACCGAGCUCGGAUCAAGGAACAGAAUGCCCUCACUGCAAAGAACUGAUCUGGAUACUAUGGUGGAACUUUUCAUCUGUCUGUUUUCACUGCAUGAUCUACUGUUGAAUAUGCUAGUUGUGCUCUGCAAUAAUGUAGUGACCUGGAGCAUCAAGAUGUUUAGAGCUGCUUGGUUUGGUACUGUUGUAACUUGUGCCAUCACCUUGCUUCAGCUUCCUUUUUUUUUAUGGGCCUUGUGGCAAAAUGCUUUAGCAAAUUAUCGUGUUCUUUGUUCCUUUGGCAGCACCAGGUGAUCCAAGCCUGAUACUUGAUAUAGAGCUAUGAAAUGGAGGAAUCUCAUCGUUUGGCUUUCUUUUA